AUGAAAGUAAAAACAAUACUGAGUAUCAGCGUCAAAGAUCUGGAUAGUCCAGCACAUAGUGACGAAAGCAUUGAAAAAGCACUGGAGGGGUUUGGUGUCGAGACAUGGGACUGGCAGAAAAUAGAUAUUUCUACCAGUGUCAUAGAGACUGUAGCUCCAGAUGUACGAUAUGUACAUCUUUACUGGAGCGGCAAUAAUGCUGUGCUUCGAGGUUGGGGUGAAGAGGGCGGGCUUAAGCAGCUUAAGCACUUAGAAGCCGUGUAUAUCCAUACACAACAGGAUUACUUGAAUUCCUACAAUCGUACAAAAUCUGAUAUCGACUCAUUCAAAGAACGAAUGAGAACGUUGUGCGAUAAGGUCAAAAUAUUUACAGACGGACCAAAGGAACCGCGUGAAAUUAAAAUCCCAGGCGCAAUGACAGCCAGUAAAGACCCUCUGCCACCAUCACAUCACAAUUGGAUCGAAUGCAUGGAUGAAUUCGCACCGCUUAUUUUAGAAGCCGAAAACAACUUCCUGCAAGCUAACCGCGACAAGUCUGCUGUAGUAUUAGAGGAGCCCAUCAGGGUAGCACUCAUUGAUGACGGCAUCGACAUUACAAAACUACAGCACAAGCAUAACGGGGGAUAA